UCAUGAAUACCAGCAGCUUUCCCUACUUUGCAAUGGUGUUUGUACAGUUUCUUUUUGCAGGAGCAAGCAUUACAAUGAAGAUCGGGUUUGCAAAUGGACUUAAUCAACUUAUAUUUGUGGUUUAUCGCCAUUUACUAAGCACAAUUCUUUUUUGCCCUUUGGCUUUUGUAUAUGAAAGGAAAGAAAGACCAACGCUCAGCCUUGUAGUGAUGAUCAAGAUUUUUGUUUUGUCAUCCCUCGGAUCCACAAUCCAUCUUAAUGCAUAUGCAUAUGGUUUAGCAUAUACUUCUGCAACCGUGGCGAGUGCUUUGAAUUGCAUCACUCCCAGUGUGACCUUUCUCAUUGCAUUUCUUCUAAGGAUGGAGAAGGUGAAGAUCAGAAGUACGAAAGGGCAAGCGAAAGUUUUGGGGACACUUAUUUGCAUCGUAGGAUCACUUACAGUCACCUUUCGGAGAGGAGGGUUUCAAUUGAAGGGGUUAGUUAACAAGCCACUAAUCGACAUUUAUAACCCUAAAGCUUCUCACGUUCAUAAAGAAAACUGGGUCAAAGGGGCAACCCUUAUUUCAGCAAGCAAGAUUUCUUGGAGCCUGUGGCUCAUUUUCCAGGGAUUAAUACAUAAGAUGUAUCCAGCUCCGUUGUCAAUGAAUAUUAUGAUAUGUCUCUUUGCAUCGUUGCAAUCUUCUUUCCUAGCUCUCUUUUUUUGCAAGAGAUGCGAAUCUAUGGAAGCUCGAGUGGGAUGUAAAACUCUUUACCAUCCUUUACGGGGACUAACAUACUACCUAGUCUUAUGGUCCAUCAAUAAGAAGGGGCCAGUGUUUGUGGCGAUGUUUACUCCAUUACAACUUAUUAUUGUUGGAAUAUUUUCAGCCAUUGCUUUUAAUGAGAGACUUCAUGUGGGAAGCUUGAUAGGAGCAUUGAUUAUUAUCCUCGGACUCUAUUGCGUACUUUGGGGAAAGAGUAAAGACAAACUUUUCAUAUUAGAUGAGGGCAAAAACGAUGUUACGAAGAAGAAUAAAGCUGCUUUGGAUAUAGUUGUCAAUGAUGGUAUCGUGAAGAAUUCAAACAAAGUUGAAUCAUGAUACUUUUAGAUUUGAUAAGUGUUACAGAUAACCAACCGAUGAAAUACGGUGGUUUAACUAGCAAUUACUGAACAUCUCAAGAUAAUGUACACAUGAUUAGGAUUUUUUAAAUAUAACAUUCUUCCCCUCUACCUUAUUUGUUGGAUAUGAUAUUCAUUUGUUUUUC